ACCCAACCUUAUGAAGUAGGGUCUGGGAAUUUUUUAAGGUUUACAAUCUUAACCUUAUGAAGUAGGGUCUGAGAAUUUUUAAGGUUCACACCCCUCUAGGGUAAGCCGAGGGUUCCGGGGCUCCAGAUCCACUCUAACCCUCUCACUGUCCAGGACUAGUCAGGGAGAGUCAGGCCCAGAGCAUGGAGAUCAUGCUGGGCCAAAGGCACCUCAGGGAGAGCAACAGCCUGUGGCCCGGCUCUCCAGAGUCCCUUUAUAGGGGGCCCUGGUGGCUCCUGGAGGUUCCCCUGAAAAGGCAAAGGGGGCCUGGGGAGGCUGCAACAGCCUCAAGCUACAGCCCUGCUCAAAGACUUCAGAGCUUUCCCCAGAGCCCCUGCCUAGAAUGUGGGCUGCCUGUCCUUCCCUCUCCAGAGCUAGCUGAGCAGCGGGCCUUGGGCUUUGGCUCUGAGCUCUGCAGGAAAGGCCCCGGGGCGCCUCCUGAGACAGGCCCAAACUUUCGGGUGGCCCCCCCACACCCCCUUUGUGUCCAGGGGCUGGAGAGGACCUUCCUCCGGGGUGCUGCCCCCUUCUUCCUUGUCCUGCCUUGCAUGGGACCCGGGGAAUGCUGCCAGCUGGCCCCCCCUGACCCUCCUGACCCAUGCAUGAGGUCACAACGGGGGCCUCCUGGCUGUGUUACGCCUGCGAGGCUGCCCCUUCUUAGCUCAGCUGUCCCAGAGAGCCAUAGCCAGUCUGCCCUCCCCGCAGAGAGUAUCCUGGCCCUCCUCCAGCAGCCCCCUCCACCCCCACCCCAGAGCCCUGAUCUUCAGGCGCACCGAGACUCCCUGAGCCCAAUGAAACCCCGGAAACCCUCACCAGUUGUUCUGCCCGGAGAGCUCCACCUGCCGGAAGUGGAAGCGGAACUAUCCUUCCCGCUGUGCUUCCCCAAGCCUGGCCCUCUACAGAGAGCCGUGGCGGAGGGCAACUACCCGCCCCUCGGGCCGUUCACGGCCAUGUUCGAGAGUGACUUUCUGCAGGUCACCAACAAGGGGGAGCCUGUCUUCCUGCACAAGAAGGAGAACCCGGUGACCAUGGCUGUGGCCUCCUCCUUCCCGGGGCUCCUGCUCCCGGACCUCGUCCUGCUGGCCCGGCCCGUCCAAAGCAAGAAGCAGCCUCCGCGGCUGGAGCUCACCAGGCUGCUGCCGGCACAGCUGGUCCGCCUGUUUGUCCACAGCGAGGCCGGAUGGAGGCUGAAGCUCCGCCUGGCCUCCGGCCGCAGUUUCUACCUGAGGCUGGUGGCCGAGCCGGCCGAGGGCUGCCUCCUGUUCAACCGCUGGCGCUUCCUGAUCUUCCUGAUGCAGGGGCCCAUCCCGGCCUGGGCCCGGAGCCCCGACGAGCAGGCCGCCCAGGACGAGAGCGCCCCGAUGUCCGCAGCGGGUGAGAAAACCCUCCUCCUGCCUCCUGCCCCGGCGCCUCCGCCUGGCUCUGGGUUUCUGAGGCCCUUCUGGUCCCUCCACAGAGGCCCCCCCCAAACGGAAGGAGGUGGCCUUCCCUCCCCAGUACCCCGUCCCGAGGACCAAGGGGAGCCCGGGCUGGACCUGGGACAAAGCACUGCACUACCCUGGGCCGCUCUCCCAACUGAUGGACCAGCAGAGCGCCCCGGCCCUCCCGGAAGUGAUGUCGAGAGCGGAAGCCGCCCCCAUGUCCUUCCGGUCCCAGCAGAAGCUCCCAGUCAGGAGAGAAGAGCAGCAGAAAUCAGAGCCCACCCUUUUCAGGAGGAGCACCCCGGGGAGCCUAGUGGAAGUGGAAGGCUGCCUCACCAGCGGAGACGUCCUCUUCAGGGCCCUCCAGGCCACCCUCCCAAGAGCACCCCCAGGAGCCGGGCACUGCCAACAAGCUGCCGCUCCCCCAAGAGCAGCCGCAGCCCCAGGAGCUCCCCCAAGAGCAGCCGCAGCCCCAGGAGCUCCCCCAAGAGCAGCCGCAGCCCCAGGAGUUCCCCCAAGACCAGCCGCAGCCCCAGGAGCUCCCCCAAGACCAGCCGCAGCCCCAAGAGCUCCCCCAAGACCAGCCGCAGCCCCAGGAGCUCCCCCAAGACCAGCCGCAGCCCCAGGAGCUCCCCCAAGACCAGCCGCAGCCCCAGGAGCUCCCCCAAGAGCAGCCGCAGCCCCAGGAGCUCCCCCAAGACCAGCCGCAGCCCCAGGAGCUCCCCCAAGAGCAGCCGCAGCCCCAAGAGCUCCCCCAAGACCAGCCGCAGCCCCAGGAGCUCCCCCAAGAGCAGCCGCAGCCCCAGGAGCUCCCCCAAGACCAGCCGCAGCCCCAGGAGCUCCCCCAAGACCAGCUGCAGCCGCAGCCCCAAGAGGGCCCCCAAGAGAGGCGCCAUUCCAAGGGGCACCACCACCACUCAAAACACCACCACCACCAUUCAAAAUGGCAGCAGCUCCCCCAAGAGCAGCCACAGCCCCGAAGGCUGUGCAAAUGCCAGAGCAUGCAGGAGCCGCCACUGCGGGUUAAGGUUCGGGACACCUUAGGGGAGCCCAGAACACUGGCCGAAGGUCUUUUAAAAAAAAUUGAGGCCUGGGAUGCCUGGCGGUUCGGGUGGGUCCGCUGCCAGCCUCCGGAAGCCGCCGGGGUCGCCACAGAGCAGCCCAAGGACAACCCGAGGGACGGUCCGGAGCCCACCCAGGCCUCACAGCCCUGCGCCAGUUUCAAGGCUCUGAGGAAGGCUAUCCAGAAGCCACCGAGCUGGCUCACCAGAGCAUGGCAACAGGGCAAAAAGGUGGUCUGCACCUGUACCAGGGGCUCCAGCUAAUCCCCUGCCCAGGCCACCUAACUGCAUUAGAUUUUUUUUUUAUUUUUUUAAAAUAUAUUUUAUUUGAUUAUU